UCACGUGACCCGCCCAGAGCCGGUGCCUUCCGGUCCCGCAGCCGCGCCACCAUGCUGUCCCGCCUGCUCAAGGAGCACCAGGCCAAGCAGAACGAACGCAAGGAGCUGCAGGAAAAGAGGAGGCGAGAAGCCAUCGCUGCAGCGACCUGCCUGACGGAAGCGCUGGUGGACCACCUCAAUGUGGGCGUGGCCCAGGCCUACAUGAACCAAAGAAAGCUGGACCAUGAAGUGAAGACCCUGCAGGUCCAAGCUGCCCAGUUUGCCAAGCAGACAGGCCAGUGGAUCGGGAUGGUGGAGAGCUUCAACCAGGCGCUCAAGGAAAUCGGAGAUGUGGAGAACUGGGCCCGCAGCAUCGAGCUGGACAUGCGCACCAUCGCCACGGCCCUGGAGUACGUCUACAAGGGGCAGCUGCAGUCCGCCCCCUCCUAGCCCCUGCGCCCGCCCCUCCCCUCGCGGCAGGGGCAGGAGGGAGACUGAUGGGUCGUGAAUAAAAGAGCGUCCGUUUC